UGAUGAUCCAAAAAUUCGUGUGAGGGUAUAAAAUUUUUUCCUGUCCACAAUCGUUCUCACAUCAAAAGGCUAGAGUGGACAUGAUAAGAGGUUUUUUUGAACUAAACACUUGACUAUGAGGAGAUUGUCAACUAGGCAUGGUAAAGCUUCACUUCCUUGAAGAAGAUGAUGAUCCAGAGGAAGACAUUCAAUUGCAAGCUCCGAAGCUCAAGCAGUUUAAACCAAGAAAACUGAAGAGCAAUUUCGGCAGCACCGCCAAGGCAAACAGCUCCACUCUUUCCAAACAAGGACGACCCCUUCAUAAUUCUUCUUUGUUUACAGGUGAUGAGUCUGACGAGGAAGAAUAUUUGAGUGUUUUUCAAGGAAAACUGUCCAGCAAUUCAAAGAAGAAAACUUUUGUGGCCAAAGCACCUAUCGCUGAAGCUGCUGUGAAAGGCAUUUCUUCGUUGCAGAAUGAAGACCAAGGCAACAAAAAAGUAAAUGUCAAAGACUAUCUUAAAUCUUACGAAAGUACGACUGAAAGUGCCAUUCUAGAACUUACGCACGGAGAUAACCAGAAUAGCGAAGAGAGAGAACAGGAUACGGCCGAAGGAAUACUGUUAGGUGAGAACGUAGAGGGCCACAUCAUUAGUGGCUCAGAUUUGGAUAGUGAUGGUAACACUGAAAUGCCUUUACAGAAUGAUCUCAAUGUGCAUGGGCCAACAGAAACAACUAAAACCAGGAUAACACCCAAAUGUUCUGAACCUGAAAUUUUACCUCAUGAUAAGAAAAAAAGUGCCAUGCGCCGAAAACAAAUUGAACAGGCACUUUCAGAAACUAACCUUGAUGAUUUGGAUAAUUUUGAAAGCUUUGGCGAUGGCGGUGAAACUGAUGGGCGUCACGCGAGGGGUUUUGUUCCGACAGGGAAUGUCGAGGUUAUUGGACUGGAUUUGCAAGAGAGACAUGAUUUGUGUGACAGCAAACCUGUACUGUUAUCCAAGAGACAUAAGAAAGCACAGUUUAUUUUCCAUACUGUAGCUCCACUCGAAGAGCAGCUAAAGCUAACGCAGGAAAAGCUGACCUCUCUAUCCGACAUAGUCAGCAAGCGUGAACUACAGAUGAAUCAUUUGAAGACAGAGCUCGGAAGCAUUACAAACAAAACAGCUCAAUAUGCUCAAAGGAUGAGUCAAGCUCUUUGUAAUUGCAGUUAGCUUACCUGCAUCCAUUAUCCUUAAGAACUUUGUAAUUCUUACAUAUUUUCUCCCAAUAAAACAAUCUGCUAGUCAAAUGCCGUCAGCUAAGCGCGCCGAAAAUUGCCUAAACGAGCAAUUCUGUCUUUGCGCGCUUAGAUUUACUCGGCCUUGCUCACACUUGAUGUGAGGAAUAUU